GCCAAAAGAGAAAGUAAGACCUUAAAUUGCCGUGGCGCUCCUGGUGGCGGAAUAAAGAACUAAAUUUUUUUACUAAGAUGUAAAAAUCAGCUGUUUUAUCAGCUGCUUUUUGUGUUUUAGUUUGUUUUGAAGACUUUGUGCAAGCGGUUCUUAAAUCUUGAAACAAAGCCAGGUAUAAAUCGGAGGUACACUCUUCACAGGAUAGCUGCAACCAUGGCGGAAGGUGAUUCCUCGCAGGUGAGGGUGAAGUUGGAGCAGCAGAAUAUCAAGGAACGUCUUAAUUUGCACGUCAAGCGGCGCCUCCAACAAGAUCCGGACGUGCCUGGGGACAACUUUGAUUUCCCGCCUGGAGACAACAACGGACCUACGAACCUGAAGCGCACCAAGGUUAAAGAAGCCCCAAAGCAACGAAAACCCUAUCAGAAACGCACUGAUAAGGCCAAAACUGACACUUUAAAGUGCAAGAAAGGUGGACAACUUGGCAGCCCGGCAACAGAUGUACCGGAACCCCUGGAGGAACAGGAGCUGGAGGGCGGAUCUCCAGAGGCAGUGGAGGUUAAAUCUUCCACUCGGGAUCGCUACAAAAACGCAGAUAUACUGAACAUGGUGCUGAGCGUUAAGAAGUGUGCUCUGAUGCAGGAUCCCGAGGUUCAGGCCUUUUGGUCGAAAGUUAUGGCAGCCAUCAAGAGCUAGGCUUACAUAAGGAUAUAGUGCCAUAAAGACAUAAGGUUUAAGUAAAUUUAAUUUUAAGAAUUUGAUUUGUUUGUAAAGUACUAUGUACAAAAAUAGUUUUUGUUUAUAAGCGUUAUAUUUAUAAAGAUUUAUUCCAAAUACU